AUGACACUAUCACUUCAACUCACCCACCCUAAAAUAUAUCUCAUACCAACCAUCCUCCUCCUCCUGACACUCGUGUGGACAAGAGGGGUAUCAUCACCCAUCUAUCUCCUCAUAUCAAUCUUGUCUUUAUGGUGGAAGAUCAUCCGAUUCAGUGUUAAAUGGUUCUUCUACCUCGUCAUCCCCACAUUAUUACCUCAAUAUUACAUCUUAUGGCCUUGGGUCAUCCGCCAUAAAAUCCCCCAAGCCCGUGCCGCCAGGUUCAGCAUAGUAGGAGCUUUCAGAGGAUUAGAAUGGAAAAAAGAUGAUGUCGAUGUCAGAGCUGAGAGCGGAGCUUGGAGAUGGGGAGGUAGAAAGAAUGAAGGUGUAGGAUACUUCGUUUACAGGAUUGAAGAUGUUGUGGUAAAAGUCCGGAAUGGUGCGGGCAAAGCACUGAAUAUCAACCAACCGUCUCAAACAUCUAUACCUCUGAGGUCAGGGUUACCACCACUGCUUCGCUCAGUAUUCCAAACAGACGGCUUUCUCGUCAAGAACUUCAUAUGGGCAAUCCAAGUUGUCAUCCAUUACAUCCCUGGAUUCGCCCGAAUUCUGUCAAUUGAGCUCAAAAACUGCCGUAUUAUCUUGGAAGAUUUUGACAAUAUCGAAUUAGUCUUUGACGAGUUUAGCUUCGGUGCAAUGAUCAAUUUCCAGGGUGUCGCCGAUGCAGAACCACCCAACCCUUACCAGCCCAAUACACCUACACCCUCACCUCAAGCAGGAUGUCAAGAGUUCAUGCGACAAAACCCACUCAUAUAUUCACCUUCUUUCGCUGAAAGAGGCAGAACUUCGACUUUGACUUUUUCGCCACCAAACUCACCGCCAUGGUCGCCUAUCAGCUCACCUCCUAUGUCGCCUACGUUCGGAUCUUUGGCCAUUCCUGAGCCAUCCUUGGGAGGUACACCAAGUCGAUAUGAAAGAUCCACAUCCCGUUUGGCCGAUGCGAGAAGAAGAGCGUCGGUCUUCUCGAGUAGCACCAGUGCAACCGCUGGAUAUGUAUGGAAUAGAGUGACAGGACGAUUAUACGGUUCCGUAGUAGGAACAGCUUCUGUGGUCAACGUAAGAUUGGUACAACGAAAAUCAUCGAUCUUGCAACAAUCCGAUAGCGUGUCUACUCAGGCACUCUCAAAUUCGACCUCUUUCCGCUCCAUACAUGCACUUCUUCGUCAUACGACGUCAAAUCACCUCCCUCCAAUCACGAAUGAAGGAUUUGAGACGCUGAUAGGAGUGAGCGGUAGGACCAAAGCUUCCCUUGGUCUAGGCUUCGGGCCGAAGAAAGGUUUGUGGGGUGAAGAUACCCUUGAAGGCCAGCUGGAGGCAGGGGAAGUGAAGGCUCAUAUCGAAGGAGUUCAAAAGCUUUUAGACAUGGCUAAGAGGCAUAACCGAAGAUCCGGGAAGAGACCAGUACAUGUCAGACCUAACAGGUGGAGCUCAAGAGGAUGGUCAAGAACUGUUCUCCGAGCUAUUAGAUCAGUCAAUGUGAACCUACAAAAAUUUACCGUAGUUCACUAUCUAUCCUCACCUGCAAAUCCAUCCCCCUCCUCCGUACCACCAGCCAACGAAAGAUACACCGUGUCUAUCGAUCUUACCCGUCUAGAUCUGACACUCACCGCAGCUGAUUCAUCCAACAAUGAACGAGCACGAAACGCUUUCGGGACCAACCCAGCACCAGAAUCCAAGAUACGAGGAGUCGGAUUUUCAGUCAAUUGGGAAUCUAUUAACCUCGAUUGCCUCGCACCUCAGGAGAAGUCUGAGGAGAAAAGUCAACUUUUUGUCGUUCAGAAUGGCGCCAUUGAUGGUUUCUCCUCCUGGAGACCGGCCGGGUGGAGGCGGGAGGAACUCCUCUUUUCUAGCGAUCCCAACCUUGCUUUGAUUGUUUUACGAGGUGAAAUCGGUUCUGUAAAUACAGCCAUCGACCUUCAGCUUCUCCAUGAGCUGGCUGCCGCUUGGCGACUGACCCAUCCGAAAGAAAAAGCACAGCAAGCUGUAGAUCAAGUUCAACAACAAUCUCAGCAUAAUCUCCCGCCCCGACUCCGUAUGGUCUUCAAUGUUGGUCACAUUUCAGCUCAUCUCGCGGACCGACUGUCAGAGAACUCGACCGCACUCACAUUCGACUCCGAUGGUGUACACCUAGGCUGUUUUACUGCCUUCUCGGACCUGGUUGGCCGACGAAGGGACAAGACCACCAACCGGAAAGCAUUCGAGGAUGAGGAGAAAAUAAGAGAAAAUCGAAACAAGCUAAAAUGCGUCGAUCUUGUUCUUCCAUCAUCAGACCUCCCUUCAGAAGCCAGACGACCCCCAGACCGACCCGCUGCCUUCUUAUACGAGGACUUCUCGACUUGCCUUCGAGGUGAUGCCCAAAUGAACAUAGAGCCUAUCAGAAUCAAGAUCAAAUUAUCCGAUGACAAGUUUUCGGAACUUGCAAGUAUAGGAAGAAUACAUGGUACGGUCGGUGGAGAUGUUUUCGGACGAACCAAUUACAUCGAUGGAAGAGGAUUUAUAGAGUCAACUUCUUUUGACUGGGCUUCAUUGUCUUCCAGUGUGGAUCUCGGCAUAGACGAAGGAAUACACAUCAAUCUCUGGAGGAAGGAUGUUAUUGAUGCUCUGAUAGCGAUGGGCCAAGCACAUCAACAAGGAUCAUCUCAGGAACCUCGAAGAUCGGCUUCGCAGACCAAAAGUCCACUCGACAGACUGCCGUCCGGUAUGUCAGCUCGAUUCUCGCUGGGCACUAUCAAUCUUUUCGUGGGUCACAAAGAUAUCAACCCUGCAUUGCAUAGUACCAACGGCUCUCCUGUACGAGGCACAUGGAUACAGACGUCAGCGGUAUUUGAAUAUGCCUUGUAUAGGCAUUACGCUCAAGCUUUCCCUUGGCGCCACCAGCUCACCGCGCCCACACGUGUGAAACUUCAUCUUCCAGAAGAUAUCACCGUUCAAGCACUUGCUUUCGCCAGCAGAUAUAGACCCAAUGGCGGAUCAGCAGCUUUGACGUCGCUUGUAGUGGAAGACUUGGUAAUGCAGCCUAUAUACAACGGACAGAAGUUUGCUGCGAGAGGUGGAACCCGACAGAAAUUAGUGGUCAAAUCUGUACCAAGCAACGAACUCAAGGAGGAUCAGUGUCAUUGGGGUUCUCAGAGGUUAUGGGCCCGUCUGAAGGCUGUAAGGGAAAAGGAGAUGCAACAACUGCCUGAUGAUCAAAGGCAUACAUCGACUCUUCCUCCAUUGGAAGAUUAUCUCUCAAAACUCGAAUAUAACGUGCCUCCAAUCGAAGUCACCGGUACGGAACAGGCACAAAGACCUUGGCUCAGAGUGAAAAAUACUCGAUUACACCUUACCAUCCAGCAAACAAAGGCAGACGUAGAUACCGAGUUCAAAAUCACAGCACGAUUUGAUAAUGUCGCUAUGAUCAGCAACCACUCUCACCUCUAUUCCAACCUGCAUACCGCUCUUACCCUCAGAAAGUUGGCCAAUGCUUGGAAACGACCCAAGGUCAUCGAUAAUACUCCGCGACAGUCUUCCAACCUCAGCAUCAGCAUCUUGAUACCCAACUUCACGGCUCACUUUGCUUUCCCACUCAAGGAACAAAUUUACCUUUACUCGUCCCACGUAUCUAUCAAUAAGUUACCCUCUAAAGGGUUAUCAGUCUCUGCUGAUCAGGCAUUAGUGUACGUGCCUUCCCCAACUAUAGUUGGUGACUGGGAGGAACUUGGUCGAAUCAAGAAGCUAGCAAUUCAGUUUUCUGAUCCCGGAUCACCUCUGCUGAUACACCCAAAGAUUGAGGCUAUCCGGGUUAGGAUACCGCACAAAUACCUCAUGAAUAGUCUCAUUCUGGAUAUCAACGUGACCAUAAAAGCUCUCAAGGUUAUAAUUGUAAACUUCUUCAGAUCUAGCGAAUUCAUCACUCGACAUAGGUCGAUAGCAGAACAACCCAAACGAGUGCCCAAGAUCUGCCUUGAGAUAGGUUACAUCUCUUUAGAAGCGAAAGAUGACGCAGCCGAUACUAGUCUCAACUUGAUUUGGCGAGCUGGAUUCUUGGAGCAGGCCAAACGAAAUUCUUUGGAAGACGUUUUCGCAAAGAAGAUCCUCAUACUGAACAACAAUUCCAACUCGUCAUCGGAAGAUAGCCUGCAUGAUAAUGGAUCCAACCGACCCGAGCCCAGACUUACGAAGAAGGCUACGGUUACUCCCGAAGAAGCUAGACAACGACUUGAUUCCCAUUUAGCUGGCAACUGGAUUAAGAGGAUGAAAGCUGCGAAACACGAACAGAGAAGACGGGAAGCCAUGACGUUGAAACCCAUGCAUGGGUGUGGACCAAAUAUCAAGCUACCUAUCAGUAUCGUUCCUUCAAGUCAAACUGCCCCAUUGUUCCGAGCGACAUUUCAGGAUGCCAAGUUCACUGUGUCGGAUCCUGGUCUAGGACGUAAUGAAAUCAUCGAGUAUAUGGGUAAAGUCUCAUCACCCUUUGACGAAGGUACGGAAUUCUCCCUGAUGGUCCCUCUGAAAUUGGAUUGGACAAUGUCAGAAGCGAAAUGUACUUUACGAGAUUAUCCUCUACCGAUGUUGAGAAUCCAGCCUUCCAGCUGUGUUCCUCCUACGCAAGAUGGAAUGCUAUCACCACCGACGUUCCAAAUGACCUCCACUAUAAUCAUUGCAGAGGAAUUCGCCAAUGAUGAUUCUACAGUUUACGUACCUGUCGAGGUCCUUCCCAAACACUGUGGUGGACCAGCCUAUGAGGGGUUAUGGGUGAAUGUGGCCAAGACAAUUAUGCCUGUUAAACUGUAUGGUGAACCUAGAUUCAAGAUCAAUUCGAAGAAGACAACAGAAUUCACUUGGGGAAUGUCAUACCAAUUUGCUGUACAGGAUUUCGUCAAAGUGAUCGAGACCUUCUCUCAUCCCCCUCGAGACCCUUCACCCAAGUUAGGUGCGUUCGAUAAGAUGAGGCUGAUCUGUCAUUUGAAACCGAUCGUAGAGUUUGAGGGACCAGUGCAUCUACAUUUGAAAGGUACCUUCGAUCCAUACCAGCUUACUGGGCUUGGGGCUGGUUUCGCCUUAGCUUGGAAAGGCAACACCAAAUUGCUGAUCAAUCAGCCGAAUGAAGAUCACGAAGCUGUACAGAUCGUAGCGGAUCAUUUGCUGGUAGCUAUACCGGACUUAACCGCUCUCAACGAUAGUGCCGCGACAGGCUCACCGACCAGAUCAGAUGACACUUCCACUCCUUUAUCUGGAUCUACGUUUACACAUGGAGCCGACGAAUCUGAGUCAUCUCUGAUCAACCGACGAUAUACCAAACCUUGCGCCAAAUUCGUGAAUGGUACCAAAGUCGGAUUUGGAUUCGGCCGAGAGAGGACUUGCAGACCAUGGGACUGCGAGAAUGGGUGUGGAGAUACGGAUAAUCACUUGCAUAGGAAAUGCAGAAAAUUCGAUUUCCUUCCUCACCAGAAGGUCAUCUUAAGGAGUCCGGAGGCUAUCAAGAGGGAAGAGGAGAAAGUAGGAAGACCCGUCGACUCCUACGAAGGCUUCCGAUCCGAUUAUACCCAUUUCUCCGUCUCGGUCAUUGCUCCUACCCACCCUGUCGUCGAACAGCGAUUGGAGAAUGAAGAUCCAGCCAAUGUCAACAGCUUCCAUUGCACACCGAAAGCGAUGCACCAUUUCCUGAGAUGGUGGAGACUUUUCAACCAUGUGACGUGGCUUCCUACACGUGAGGGGCCACAAGAAGGUGGCUCGCCGGGAAGUCUCUACAUCGGUUCUCGAAGGAAGUCAAAGAAAGAGAGUAAACCUCUUGCUACGCUUAAAGUGAUAUACGUCUCACAUAUAUACCCUCAAGUGACUAAGGAACUAUGGGCGCAAGGGAAAUCCGAAUCCUUAGGCAUCAAGGUCCGAGCUGGACGACUGCUUUUCGAUGCUCAUCAAAGAUUACAAGAGAAGAUGGAAUACAAAGAGAAACUCCAAGAAUUCAGAGCCAACACUCAUCGACCGCUCUAUGCUGCUGAUGUCGUCGCCGAUGAUCUUACGAUCAAAGGCAUAAGAGCGCAUUUCAUCGAGCGGGUCAGGCUUGAUGCUCAGCUAUAUGAAGCUUUACCUCGAGCAUCUGAAUUACCUCGAGGAACGAAAGUAUGGUUCGAUCUUACCGACUAUAUAGAUGCGGAUAGGAAACCAUUAGACGAAGAUCCUCAGGUUGAGAUUGUCGAUUUCGGAGACUGCCCACAUGUCUACUUCUGUCGAAGAACCAAUACGACGGAUUUGAAUCAAAAUGCCAAACGUGAUGAUAAGGACCGGAAAUCAGCAUCUGAUGGAGUAGAGAGUAGUAAAUUCGGUUUUGAGAAGACCCAUCAUUGUUAUCUUGAUGAAGCUGAGACUAGAGCAGAGGUGGACAUGAGGAUUGUUAGAAAGAGAAUAGCGGAAUUGCAAGCUAGAUUGGAAAGUUAUCCUACCGCCAAUAGUGCUGAAUACCAAAAUGACCUGAUGAUCACUCAAAAUGCUAUCAACCUGCUUAAGAAACACCUUGUGAAGAUUGAGCGCCACAAUCCGGUUCAAUUUGAUGAGUCUGGUAGACGGAAAUCACCAGAAAGACCUUUCCAAGAUACGAUUGAAGUUCAUUCCCCGAGACUCUUCUACAACGAUCUUAGUAGACCUUUGCUCUGGGCGUAUGCGUAUUCUGUUAGUGAUAGGAGGAAAGAAGAGUAUCAUGUUUCUCACGUGUCUUUACGAAACUAUCGAGAACAAUUCAUCCGCCGAAGGAAACGAUUUCUGGAAGCUUUAGAUAACAGUGAACCGCACGAGACGAAUGUCCCCGAAGAUAUGGUUGGCCAACUGGCCAAAUCGUUGACCGAAAAACCUCUGGACUCUAUCUUCCAAUUCCUGAAUAUCGAUAAUAACCCUGCGGCCUAUCGAACGGCCAGCCUCGGUAUACCAUCGGAGUGCACCUUGAGACCGAAAAUGCAAAUAUCAAUUUUCAAACCUCAGAUCGCUUUGAGAAGCAACGCGACGGAAAGUGCGAUCGUACUUUUGGCCGUUGAAGAAGCGUCCAUCAAGAGAUUCGCGGUAGAAGAUCCUGAAUCAGAAGCUGAUGUCACUUCAGACGUACUCACCAGGAGCUAUGCGUUGUUGAAAGAAGUGCAAGCGUUCUAUCCUACUACAGAAGCACUCAAUAGGGAAAGAUCAGGAACCGUCUCGAGUGGAUUGGAUUUCGUACCUCUCGAAAUCUUCCUUGAUGCGAAGAGUCAAGCGACGGACUACGACCGAAUUCUCCUCCGAACUGAUAUCGCUGGGUCUUACGAUAAGUUUAAUCGACUAAGGAUCCCCAGACAGUUGAGAUGGCCCAAAGCUGUGAAUGAGAAUGGUGAUCCGAUCGAACAUCUCAGAAUCCAUCAGGACCUCAUGACAAUCAUAACACCUCAAAUCAAACUUUUCGCUACGUCAAAACACUACGACGCCCUAUACACCAUCAUCACCGACUUGCUCAUCUACUCUGAUCCAGAUCAUCAACAUCGAAAUCAAGCUGUCAAAGAUUUCAGUCGACAAUUUGAUUCUGCCGAUCGAGACACAAAUCGAUUACUCGUGGAUAUCCAUACAUUACAGCAGACUAUGCGACACCUUAUGGAAUUACAACGAGGAUAUGAGACAAAUUUAGAGAAGUUGGAAGAAGCGGGUAAAGAUGAGUUAUUUAAGAUUCGAGCAGACCUUGCAGAAGGAUAUGAAAGCUUGUACACCAUCAAUGCAAUGAUCGCCAAUACUCUCGCUAAAGAUGAUGCUAGAGCUUUCCUGAAGAAUGCUUUACGAUUAGAUAUACGACUUAGAGAAGUGUCCUGGCGGAUGCUCAAGGAAGAUUGUAUAUCCUCCUUAGCUCAGGUCACAAUGGGUUCAGCUCUAUGUUCCUACAGCAACAACAAGAAUGGUUCGACAGAUUGUGCGUUGGUCCUGGGCACCGUCCUGGUCAGCUCCUUAGCACCCGACGCAAAAUUCGAUGGAAUGAUUGUCAGUCAAGAUACUUCGACUUGGAAGAAGAAAGGUAGACCGCCUUUCGCAAAAGUAUACUGGAGUUCGUACCCGCCUAUCGGGGGUAUACCGGUCUUCCCCGUAGUCGACGUGGAACUUGCAAGUGUUAGGUUUGGUAUAGAAGAGAAAAUGGGUCAUCAGGUUGUAGAUUACAUUUUCUCAGAUCGAAUUAGGAGAAGAAGAGAACGAGCAAAACUUCAGCAAUCCAUGAACGGUAACGGUGCUGCUCCCAAUGGUAUGAAUAGUACGAAAACGAAAUCCGACAAGGCGGAUACCAGGUCGAUAUCUUCCAAGGCGACGUUAUCAACCGAUGAUUUGAGCAUACCAUCUUCGACUACCAUGGCUCCAUCAUCAAGAAAUGAGCUUUAUCCUCUAUCGAGAUCUAGAUCACAGGUGUCCAUCAACUCGCAUAAUGAUAUUGAGACGAUAUCGGCAUUCAACAAUGGUCAAAACGACGACGCGAAAGAGAUGAGGGCAAGAGCUUCGACGAAUAGGUAUUUCGGGAAAAUAAGCUUCCAUAGAAUGAAUUUGACUUUGAGCUAUACUCGAGACGAUACUAGAAAACAUAGUACGUUGAGUAUGCCUGAAUGUGUGAAUUUCAACUUCAAAGCUCCCGAUUUGGUGUAUACCGGUAAAUACUGGGUACCCGAGGAAAUCUUCGAACAUGUGAAGAAAGACCUGAAAUCAUCGGCGUAUGCUCAAUGGACUGAACUAAUCCCUCAGAUAUUCAAACAGACUUCAUUAUUCAGAUCAAAGAGGACUUUGAGAAACUUGACUGAACGAACUACCAAAGCUGUUGGAAACAAUCUACCAUCACCUUUGAAACAUAUCACCACUCACUCUUCGACAUCCGCAUCAAUCCCUUCUACCAAUCGGGAUGAUGAACCGACUCAGGUGGGGAGUGUAGAAAGGAUAAAAUCAUCAAGUAUGAAAAGUCAUAAAUCCGAUCAUAACCAGACGAUAUCCACUUCACCAUCAAAUAUGAUAAUGUUAGCGGAAUCGCCUCAAGUUGAUACGCCUUCUACCUACUCGACAAACGGUAGUGGAAGUGGAAGUAGAUCGAUCAGAUCGAAUGGAGGAGGUGCAGGGUUGAAAUCAGAUGAUGAUACUGAAGAUGAUCAUGAACAUGAGCAUGAGCAUAAGGAAAAGGGACUGAAAGGGUUAUUAGGCAAGUUCGGAGUUGGUAAACAUCACUAUAGUAACAAUCAUUCAACGGAUGAGUUAUCAAGAAUCAGAUCCAGAGUUACAAGUAAUUCAUCUUUGGAUCGGAAAUCUCAUCAAACAUCUUCAAUCUCAUUUGGAUGA